AUUGAUUGAUAGUGGUAUUAUUAUUGUCGAUGUUUCUGUUUCUCUUGGUCCUCUCGUGUCCUGAGAAUUAGUAGAGAGAGAGAAGUGGUUGAGCUUAACAAAUCACAAUCGCAGGUCACGGAGGUUUUUACAAUGGCGACUAGCGACAGCUUAUAAGUGUCAAAGACAAAACCGCAUUUCUUCAUACACAGUUACACUAAGUUACUAACUAACUACUACGAUACGGAGUAAUACUUGUAAGUAAUAGAUUAAUUAUCGAUAUAUGCUCCUCCGUCUUGUCCAAAUGUUGUGAAAUAAAUGUCAUGAAUGCUGGAUUUGGCUUCCUCAAACUUCUUCGUCUGUUCAUUUAACUUUCUCAUAUUAUUUUUUAUGUGUAUAUACAAAUCUUCCUAAUUCGGAAAGAAAGAAACGGCCACCAUGGGCUCCGAGCAGAACAGGUUCCCUCAGCUAGAACGGCGAAAGAGAUGGGGAGGAUGUUGGGGGGCAUUUUCCUGUUUUGGUACACAGAAAGGUGGUAAGCGCAUUGUACCUGCAUCUCGUAUUCCUGAGGGCAAUGUAUCAGCUACCCAGCCAAAUGGUCCUCAGGCUGUUGGGUUGACCAACCAGGCUACUACAUUAGCUCCCUCACUUCUAGCACCUCCUUCUUCUCCUGCAUCCUUUACAAAUUCUGCACUCCCUUCAACAGCUCAAUCACCAAGUUGCUUUUUGUCAUUAUCAGCUAACUCACCAGGAGGGCCAUCAAGCACAAUGUUUGCCACUGGACCAUAUGCCCAUGAAACACAAUUAGUUUCUCCUCCUGUUUUCUCAACCUUUACAACUGAGCCUUCUACUGCUCCAUUCACUCCCCCUCCCGAGUUGGCCCACGUGACUACCCCCUCUUCACCCGAUGUCCCUUUUGCGCGGUUCUUGACAUCUUCUGCAGAUCUUAAAAGUGCUGAUAAGAAUAAUUAUAAUGCUGCAAAUGAUCUUCAAUCUACAUAUUCACUUUACCCCGGGAGUCCUGCCAGUAGCCUCAUCUCACCAAUCUCUAGGACCUCAGGUGAUUGUUUGUCAUUAUCCUUUACUGAACGGGAGUUUCGUCUGCAGUGGGAUCCUUCAAUUUCUCCUCAGAAUGGCAAACAUUCAAAGAUUGGUUCUGGCGGGCUAUUUGGGCAUGAUGUAACUGGUUCCUCCAUAGGGUCUCAAGAUACAAAUUUCUUCUGUCCUGCUACAUUUGCACAAUUCUAUCUGGAUCAUAAUCCACUUCCUCAUGCUGGUGGUAGAUUAAGUGUUUCCAAGGAUUCAGAUGUUUAUCCUACCAGUUCCAGUGGGCAUCAGAAUAGGCAGAGUAAAUGUCCUAAGCAAGAUGUGGAAGAACUUGAAGCUUACAGAGCUUCCUUUGGAUUUAGUGCAGACGAAAUAAUCACUACUACUCAAUAUGUGGAGAUUACUGAUGUUACAGAGGACUCGUUUAGCAUGACACCUUUUCCUACAGAUAAACCCACUUUUGAAGUAAGUAUGGACCUUGCAUCGAGUGGCGAAGGGGCAAAGACAGAUAGAAUACUGGAAAACUUGCUGGCUGAGAAGAAACGGAAAUCAAAACCUGAUCUUGUCAAUUGGGUUGUACACCAUGAUGCGCAAGUGUCAUGCAAUGGAUAUGAAGAUCUCAAAUCAAUGAGGCAGGUGAUUGAUGUCACUGGAUUAAGUACUCCUGUCAACCAUACCCUGACUGAUGAAGAGGAUGUGUUUUUGAAGAAGGGUUCAUCAAGGAGCAGGAAAUAUCAUCUGGGCUUGUCAAGUUCUGAUGCAGAGAUUGACUAUAGGAGAGGAAGAAGCUUAAGAGAAGGCAAAGGAGAUUUUUCAUGCCACGACUAAGAACCAAAUCUAGAAACAAGGCAUUAGCUGCUUCCCUAUGUAGUAAACUGCAGUUUUCUCUUGCUAUAACUUGUGUUAAUGGUUCUUUACGAUAGGUGGAAUGAUGUUAACUUGUGAUCUAACCAGCUGUUACUCUACUUUGUUGUCCAUCUCGCAGUUAGGUGUGGGACCAGAUCUCCCUCACUAUGAGUGUGUUCUGUUAUCUGUGACCUAGCUUCCUGCUUCACUAUAACUCACAUAUGUGAUGCAUGUAAUUUUAUAUGUUAUUUUGCUUUUGUAAAAUGCAAUUUUACUAGAGUGAAUUCUAUUUUAGAACACAUCAUUAGGACUGUUGAAUGCUGCUUCUAGGAACUUCGUUGGCUAUGGCCUUUAAUUAAUUGUCACGAGGCAAAAGACAGAAGGCCCGGGCCUCUCUGUGUGUGUGGAAGCGGGGAAGGGAAUUCCAGAGUGGGGGAAUGGAGUUAAAUCCUUGUUUGGAUCAUUUUGGUUUUAAGUGCGGCCUUGCGGGUAGGUUUGUAAUUAGGGGUUGGAGGAGGGCGUGGCUUAGUAUAUUAUAUUCAUGUUUGGAUUCAUAUCUGUGUACUAUAAUGUGAUAAGACAGGAGAGCAAAAAUUUAAAGAUUAGAAAAGAACACGCGUUUUUUAAAAUGACAUCAAAUUUGAA